AUGGGGUCAAGAGGGGGAGAGCCCUGGGCUGCCACCAUUGAGGCUUUCCGCCUGUCCCCCACGGCGUUCCUGUUGUCCCACGGGACCGGAGACACCUUUGGGGCCGACCUGUUGAAUGAACUACGGAGCGAAAGGCUAGGGGAAGCAAUCAAGCUCUCCAUCCUGUCUCUCUUCUUGGAAUAUCCCACCCUGCUGUGCCCCGAUGCCAAGACGGGCCGGGAAGCGGCAGCCUCCCUCCUCUCCCUCUUUGCCCAGCUGAAUCUCUCUCCCAAACACGUCAGCCUCCGCUGUUCCCUGCUCUUCGCCGCGGAAACGGUCCUGGUGGCGACCGACAGCCUGGGCGAAGACUGCCCGACCUCGCACGAGCUGCUGUCUGUACUGCUCCAUCUGGUGUCCGACCCGAAUGACAGCCGUGGGGGAAUCGCCGAGCGGCCUGUCCGUGCCGCGGCUUGCGAGUGCCUGCGAGAACUCGAGAGCUGCUACUCGGGGUUCCUGUUGCACCGGCUGGAGAUCCUGCGGUCUCUGCAGCAGCAGGAGGUCUCCAGCGUCCACCAGGGCUACACCCUGCUCUAUAGCGUGGCGCUGCGGAACGCCGUUCUCCUCCUGGCCCGGAGUGGAGAAGGGUGCCUGGGAGACCUCCUGGCCAGUAAUGGAGAGUUGAUGUGGGAGGCUACGAAGGAAGUUGGCAAGCUCUCGCCAGCGGGUCUCGACCAGCUGGUCCUCUUACCGUCCGCGGCGGACCUUAAGGAGUUGAAGUUGGUGCUCUCGGCUCUUCUGGAGAGCAGUUAUCUGUUCACCUCCGCGGCACAGAGCCACCUUCUGUGCCAUCUGGCUCAGGCGGUGAGCGUGGUGCGCACCCAGUCGCCGGUGAUUUUCAAAGCCCAGCUGGCGCGUCUCUUCGGCACGUCCAGCGUGACUCUGGAACACGCCAUCCUGCAGCUGAAAUCGUUCUUCACCGACAGCCUCUUCACGGCCGAGGACGAGUCCUUCCUCCUGCGGCACCUGGUGGGGCUGGCGCAGCACCCGGCUCUCCCAGAUGCCGUGAAGCUUUUCCACUUGGAUUGCCUUUUGCACUUCCCCGAAAACCGGCCGCUGGUCUCAGGAACCGACGAACGGCUGCCAGUUCUGCUCACGCCGCGGGCUACCUCGGGUCUUUUUCCAGGGUUCUUCCAAGAUCAGGGGACCGUCCUGGCCAGGAUGAAUUUGCUGUGCCUCGUGUGCGUGGAGAACGAGGGGCCCAGUGCCGAACGUGGGGCGGGUUACCUCCUGGAGCACGUCCUGGCCCUUGGAGGCCUCGUGGCCCGCGACGGAGGAUUGGACGCCACCCGGCUUUUUUUCCAAGCAGCCUUCAUUUUUGCCCAAUAUUUUGGCUCUCUGGCCCAGCCCAUGGCAGAACUCACCCGUUGCCUGCUGGAUCUCUACCGUCGCAACUGCACCUUAGCCCCGAACAUCAUCAAUCUGUUGGAUGAGACGUGGAGAACGGAUGAGUCCCCCUGGGCCAGGAGCCUCGCCCAGGCCCUGCAAGAAUUUGUCGUGAGCAUCCCCUUGCAAGAGCAAGACCUGAGUUGGCAUCUCAAGAUUUUAGCCCGGCUGGCAAAGGAGAAGGAAGUUCCCCAAGCCAGCACCAUGCAGUUCUUAGCUCGCCUGGUCACCUCGGGGAAACUUGGAGACUGGUGCUCCGGCCAGAUCCUUCUCAGCGUCUGCCGUAAUCUGAUGGUGCGCCAUCCCUCGCCCGCCUUGUCCCAGCUGGCAGCCCUCCUGCAUGCCAUCUCCCUGGGCCACACAGAUGUGGACGUCCAAGACCGGGCUGGCUUUUAUUACACCCUACUCACCAACCUGUCCAGUGAAAAAUUAAGAUCCGUGCUGGUCCCCGUAGUUCCCGUCAAGACUCGGUCACUCUCCUCGUCCAUCGUUGCCGACAGCGAAAGCUUCGUGGCUGCGUUGACGGUGCACCCGGUGGAUCCGGCCCCUUUGAGGCUGCAGCGUGUCGAGAUCACAGGGGACACCCCUGCGGUUCCUCCCGCCGAGCAGGAGGUGGACGGGCACUGCCAGUGGUUGCUGGCAACCCGCUCUCCCUCGUGGCUCAGUUUGGAGUACCGGCUGGUCCACGCGGGGCCUGGCACGCCUCCCUACGACCUGCUCCUCUGCGUGGUGCUUCGGUUCACCUGCACCAGCCGGCAUUACGAGCCGGUCCCCGAACUCUGCAUUCCGUGCCUUGCCGUGCAUCGCCCACCCCCGACGGUGAAGCUGACACUGCAGCCGCGUUGCCCGUACCCAACCCAGCUGAACGUUUCUGCCCUGUAUACAACGCAAGACGGAUUGACGCGUUGGAGUCAGCUGGAACACCUGGAGGUGUCCUUUCCCGAUCUUUUCCUACCCCUGCCAGUCCCUGCCUGGUCUUCAGAGAAACUUUGCCAGCUUUUUGAUGCGCUCUGGCAGUGCCUGCACCCCAACACCAAAGAGGCACACGCCGAGAGUCUUACGGUGUGGCCCCUGCCGCCCCGAUCCUUAGAAGGUUUACUGCGUGACCAGUUUGGCAGGUAUAUCCUGGCUGAGCAUGCCGACGAGUAUAAGAUCGCCCUGACUUUACCGCCUCGGGAUCACAUCCUCCUACAGGUGCGGAGUGUGGACGAUUCGGCACGGGUGACCAUUCGCACCGACAACUGGAAACUCCUGCCUUCACUUAACCACUAUUUGCAGAGUCUGGUGAAGGCCGACUGA